CGUCCCUUUGGUAGCUCACCCUCUCGACUCCGCCCCCUCGUAUACUUGGCUGUUUCCAUUCCGUUCUGCAUGUAGGACGGAAUGGGGGUGUGGCACCAUGUGUUGACGCGUUCUUUUACUGUGAUCACUUUCUUGUUUCUGCUAAAGCAGAGGUCAUGGCUGGCACCUGGGAAGCAUUAGGGGACCAGUUAGAGGCGCUGAAUCAAUAUCUGCAGGAGCGCCCGCUGGCUGUGCUCUGCUCGGUGUUCGCCGUAAUUGUCUCGUCCUGGUUGCUGUGGAGAUGUCUCAGCAGAUACGGCAGCAAGAAGAAACCCCUGGCUAUCUCCACUUCACUCUCUUCCGCCUCGAGUGUGUCCAGAGAGGGAGGAACGGAGGAGGAGGAAGAGGAGGACCGGGACAAGUUUGAUCUCAUCCACAGGAAGAGGGAAAUGGUCCAAAACUACGGGAAGAAGAUGUUUAGAAAGGCAUCUUCCGAGUUCCGUCAUUUCCGUCGCAAGCCUCGAGAGAAGAUCUCCAGCAUAGCUCGUCGACUGCUCAACAAGCCGGAGCCAACGGAGACUCAGCUGCACCGGGAGCCUCCUGACGCCUUCCUCGACCCCGAUUCAGAGGCAGGCGAUUCCAACAUUCCAUCUGAAGUGCUCUAUUUGCUCAAGAGUGUCAGAGCCUUUGGUCAUUUCGAGAAGCCGCUGUUUAUGGAGCUGUGCAAACACGUGGAGACUAAGUUUGUGCCGUCGGGCGCCAUCUUGUUUCGUCCAGGGCAGACAGACGACAGCAUCUACGUCGUGAGAAACGGUCGUCUCAGGGUUUACAUCGUUGAGAGGGAUGGAACGGAGCUGCCGCUGAAGGACGCUGGGCCCGGGGACAGUGUCCACAGCAUGCUGAGCAUCCUCAACGCCAUCAUCGGCAGCACUCGCACCUUCAAGUCAGUCGCUGCGAAGGCCACCAGAGACAGCUAUGUCCUCCAGGUAAAGGCGACUGCUUUUCGGCAGUUUUUUGAGAACAAUCCAGACUCUCUUCUGAGGAUGGUGCAGAUCACAAUGUUGAGACUGCAACGAGUGACGUUUCUGGCACUGAAUGAGUUCCUGGGAUUGGGACACGAACUGAUCAACCAAAAGCCGGCUCUGCGUGGGGAGUUCAGUGUGCUGAGGUUGAAGCAGUCUCGACUGACGAGGAUGAGCGAGGCUGACACCUUCUCCUCUGACCGCUACCCCCCUCCUCCUCCGCCUCCUCACUCCCAAGAUCUCCAGGAUUCUGACUCGGACAACGGCACUCCCGGCGAAUCCACUGCCACCACCUCCAGCAAAGGUCGACACAAGACAGAUGGGACUCGAAAACAUCUCCGUUCGUCAGACGAGAAGCACGUGAGAGAUGAUGAGAGUACCAGCGAACACAGCGGCGGGAACUCCUCCCACGCAAAGAGGAAAACCCUGUCGUUAAAGACAAACGAGUCGGACUCGAAUUCGAACGUUGCGAUCAGCGACGAUUCGACGGGUCAGGCGGCCAACGGCGCGGUGAGUCCGACCGCCCACAGGAAGACGGUGGCCAUCGACAUGAGUCAGAACGAGUGUUUCACUCACCGUCUCCUCCCGGCCGUGUCCUUAGAGUUUGAUAACGUCAUGGACCAGGCCAGGGUGAACAGACAGCAGUUCUCAGCUGAGGGAGUGACUUCGUUCCCCAGUGAGCCUCCGAAGGGACGGCACUUCUCCACCCAGACCUCCAUCCCUCUCCGCUACUCCCACUUUGCCUCUCUCGACAACAGCGAUGUUCUCCAGGCAGCCACUGAUGACCUCGUGCGAAUAUUCCAGCUCAAGGACGAGUCGCUGUUGAAAGGUCGUAUCCAGUUGAUAGAAGUGGGAGUCAACUCUGUACUGGGACUGGAAGGGGACCAGGAGUGCUGUGUCUACUUCAUUGCCAGUGGCCGACUGAAGGUCUACCAUCUCACUGGAGACCAGUCAAAAUCACAGGACUUGCUGUAUGUGGCAACUCCGGGAGAGUUCUGUGGCGUGUUGUCAGCUCUGACUGGGGAGCCUUCCUUCAUCACUGUCAUGGCUGCCGUCCACUCCUACCUCAUUGCCAUCACCAAGAGCAACCUCUAUCAGAUAAUGUCAGAGCAGCCGAAGGCAGUGUGUGGACUGGCGUACGACUGUGUCCAGAGACUCAGUCCUCUGGUGAGACAGAUUGACUUUGCCCUCGACUGGACUGAGCUGGAGGCCGGCAGAGCCCUGUACCGGCAAGAAGACGAGGCAACUGCCGCGUACAUCAUUCUGAGUGGUCGUCUGAGGUCAGUGGUGAAGAGAGACGACGGAAAGAAGGAGCUGGUGGACGAGUUUGGUCGGGGAGAGGCCAUUGGAGUGAUUGAGGUGAUGACGUCGUCCAAGUGUGCCACAACGGUCCACGCCAUCAGGGACUCUGAGCUCGCAUGUCUCCCUGCUGGCCUUCUCGACACCAUCAAACUCAAACAGCCUCAGGUGGUGUCAAGACUGAUCCACAUGCUGGGAGAGAGGAUUCUCGGCAGCUACAACCGUCUCUCUCACUACUCCACAACCAACAUUGCCAGCUCCAAGGAGACCAAGAAGCACAUGGCGUCCAACCUGGCGACGGUGGCAGUGGUUCCCAUGACUCCCGACGUCCCUCUCUCCAUGUUUUCCGCCGUACUCUGCAGUGCCGUCAACAGCAUCGCACCGGCUCUGCGACUGACUAGUCAUUACAUUCAACAAGAACUUGGGAGCACUGCCUUGGAAAGUGUGAGUGAAUAUCGACUGAGAACAUGGCUGGGACACCAAGAAGACAACAACAGGAUUGUGAUCUAUGAAGCUGAUCCAACUCUCACCCAGUGGACUGCCAGAUGCAUUAGACAGGCUGACUGUAUUUUACUAGUGGGAUUGGCUGAGAAAGGUCCCACAGAGGGAAAGAUCAUACGGCAGGUUGAGAAAAUCUCGAUCAGGGUCCAGAAAGAGCUGGUUCUGCUGCACGGACAGGGAGUUGACCACCCGACCGGGACGAUGAAAUGGCUGAAUGCUCUUGGCUGGCUCUCCUCUUACUUCCAUGUGAGGUGUCCGGAUUACUUCUUCAUCAAAAAGCUUCAAGAAGACAAGAAGAAUGCCAUUCCUCCACCUCCAAACAAACACUCUGACUUUGCUCGGUUGGCUCGGAGACUGACGGGGACGUCGGUGGGAGUGGUACUAGGAGGGGGCGGGGCCAGGGGAUUGGCUCAUGUUGGAGCUCUCCAGGCAUUCACCGAGGCCGGUGUGCCGAUAGACAUGGUGGGAGGGACUAGCAUUGGAUCGUUGGUUGGAGGUCUCUACUGCGAAGAGAGAGACUCCGCCCGGGUGGAGACGAGGGCACGGGAGUUUGCCAAGAGGAUGGCGAGGUUUGGGGACAAGAUCCUGGAUCUCACGUACCCCCAUUCCGCCAUGUUCUCAGGAAGGGCGUUCAAUAGACUGAUGAAAGAUACCUUCAAGGAGAAGCAGAUUGAGGACCUGUGGAUCCCGUAUUUCUGCAUCACGACAGACAUCACGGAGUCCAAGAUGAGAGUGCACAACGCGGGCUCCCUGUGGCGCUACAUCCGAGCCAGCAUGUCCCUCUCGGGCUACAUGCCCCCUCUCUGUGAUCCGGUCGACGGACACCUUCUUCUAGACGGAGGUUACGUCAACAACCUACCAGCUGAUGUUCUGACAGGUCAGGGAGCCGAGACUGUGAUAGCCAUUGACGUGGGGUCAGAGGACAACAACGAACUCACCAACUACGGCGACUACGUCUCAGGCUGGUACUGCCUGUGGAACAAGAUCAACCCUCUCGCCAAGAAGAUAAGAAUCCCUAACCUGACGGAGAUCCAGAGCAGACUGGCCUACGUGUCGUGCAUGAGACAGCUGGAGGCUGUGAAGGCCGACGGAUCCUGCGAGUACAUCAGACCCCCCAUUGACAAGUGAGCCCCUCUCAUUAUUAACCUGCCUAUACCUUUAUACUAUGUUGUGUGUGGUGUCUCUCUCUCUCUCUCUCUCUCUCUCUCUCAGUAUCGGCACACUGCAGUUUGGUAGCUACAAUACCAUUCUGCCACUGGGCUACCAUCACUGUAAAACAGUUGUGAGUGGAUGGCAGAAGAGCGAGAAGAUGAGACUGCUCCUCUCCGACUCGGUCGGUGAGGAGGAGAGAGAAAAGAGGAGACGACAGCACUUGCUGGAGAAAUUCGAGAGUCUGACACGCUCUCACUCGUCAGUGAGAGACCUGGCGGCACUGGCUGCCCAACCACGCAGGAGGAAGACCUACAGUGAAGUGAGAGACCAAGAGGAGGAGGAGGAGGAGGAGGAGGAGGAAGAAGGGAACGAUGGAGAGGCUGGAGAAGAAGUCCUGGGAUACUGGUCAAACCCAGAGGCUGAGGUGUUUCAGAAUGGUGAGUCAGAUGAGAAGGACAGUCCAAGCGAGAGGACCACGGUGGACAAUACCACCGGAUCAACUGUCAAAUUCACAUGUUCAGACUCUGAACUAUGAUCUGUACCAUAGAACUGUGUGCUUCGUCAUCUGCACUGUAAAAAAAUCGAUAGAGACGCGCAGGCGCAAAAUUUGAAGGUGGGGCUCGUCAAAUUUGAGGGGUUUUACACCCAUUCACGUGACGCUGUCCGGUACAACUAACUAACUAGACCCGUCUACGCGUUCGUUGUUGUACUAUUGGGAGCUGGGCGCAAGAUGAUGAUCAAAAGCCUGUUCAUGAUCAACAAGGCUGGGGAGGUGUUUAUGGAGAAGCAUUGGAGCAGUGUGGUGAGCCGGUCCGUCUGUGACUACUUCUUUGAGGCUCAGAGCAAGGCCACGAGUGCAGCGGACAUCCCACCCGUCAUCUCCACCCCACACUACUACCUCGUGUCCAUCUUCCGCAACCACCUCUACUUCGUCGCCGUCUUGCAGAACGAAGUUCCUCCUCUUUUUGUGAUUGAGUUCCUCCAUCGCAUUGUGGACGUGUUCAUGGAGUACUUUGGAGAGUGCAGCGAGACCAAGAUCAAAGAAAACUACGUCACUGUCUACGAGCUGCUGGAGGAGAUGCUGGACAAUGGCUACCCUCUAGCUACGGAGUCUAAUGUUCUGAAGGAGCUGAUCAAGCCUCCCAGUCUCGUGCGCAGCGUGGUUCACACCAUCACAGGAGAGAGCAAGCUGGCCAAUGUAAGCUCCACUCUACCAACUGGUCAGCUAUCCAACGUCCCGUGGAGAAGAACAGGUGUCAAAUAUGCCAACAAUGAGAUAUUCCUGGACCUGAUUGAAGAACUAGAUGUCAUCAUUGACAAAUCAGGGACUACGAUAGUAGCAGAGGUCCAAGGCAAGAUUCAAGCCAACAGCAGAUUAUCGGGAAUGCCAGACCUGACACUGUCCUUCAUGAACCCCCGACUGUUGGACGACGUCAGUUUCCACCCCUGCGUCCGCUACAAACGUUGGGAGUCAGAGAGGGUCCUGUCGUUCAUUCCUCCUGACGGACCAUUUAGACUUCUCUCCUACCAGAUCAGCAGUCAGAGCAACGUGGCUCUGCCGCUGUACGUGACUCCUCAGUUCAGCUUCUCUGGUGGCUCUGGCAAGUUUGAGGUCAAAGUUGGACCAAAGCAGACCAUGGGGAAAGUGGUGGAGGACGUGAAGCUGGUCGUUCCCAUGCCGAGCUGUGUCACUAAUGUCAACCCUACCAGCACUUAUGGAAUGCCGAGCUACGAUCCAGUGAGCCGAACUGUGACAUGGAAUAUUGGCAAGCUACAGACACAAAAGUACAUGUCUAUGAACGGCUCCGUGACAAUGACAUCGGGGGAAGCCCCCGAAAGUAACCCGACAAUCAUGGUGGAGUUCAAGAUAUCCCAACUGGCAGUGUCGGGACUCAAAGUCAGCAGACUAGACAUAUACGGCGAGAAAUUCAAGCCUUUCAAAGAAUAAAGUACAUCACGCGAGCAGGAAAGUUCCAGGUCCGGUCCUAGUAGUCUGACAUCAGCUCCGGCUCCACCCAGACUGACUGUAUGAUAGUGAUUGUGUUUUUGUGAGGUGUGGGCGUGUUUAGCAACUGUUCUUCCUUUGUGUACAGUGUGUUCUCCAAAUGUAAAUUAUUUCUUUGCACAAAAGUGUCAACUUGUUUGUUGAAUAUUAUAAUUGUUGGAAGGUGACUUUACAACAGUGCAGGUCACAAUGCACAGUAAGUUGAAAAGAUACAGAAGCAUGCCCUUUAGAACUAUUGUGAGUGUAUAAUGGUCCACUAUAUAUUGUCUUUUGCCCCAUUCUGUUAACAGUGGACACAAGCAACGACAAGGGAAAGAUGUAGUCAUAUAUACACGUACACUACAUCAACUGUUCACACUUUAAUGCAUAAUGAUAGUCAUUUGCUAGCAGCAAAAACUCGAAAAUCUUGUCAUAAAAAUCACCUGUUGAGUUUUGUCAGUUACUGCACCAGCACCUCGGUGUGCCUGUCCCAAGGUCCGUGUACAUUUCCUGCUAAUGUAGGCUACCCUAUAUAGCAUGCAUGUACAUACAUACUAUAGCACAAGACAGGCACAAGAAAUGUGGCAAGAAACAUGCUGCAUCAAUCAAUGCAAUCACCUGGUGGGAUAGUCCGUUAGUCACCGCACCAACAUCGUCCUUACCCUUUGCCAAGAUCAAUCUACUGCACAGGACACUAUACUAUGCAUGCAUGCAUGCAUACAUCUCCAUUGCAUUAUAGGCACAGUCAGCUUAACAAUGACAUAAGCAUUACAUCAUUCAUCUAUGCGAUAUCAUCAGGAAUGCAUGUCACACCACAACAACGGUGGGAUCACCUGAUUCGUUGCCGGGUAGCAGCCAAUCAGGUUGCAGGAUUGUUAGGGGUGCAGUGCGGGGAGGGGAGGGUGGGUGGGUGUGGGAAAGCCCCUGUCCCUCAGGACCAAUUAGUGGAACACCCUUUCAGGCAUGCAGCUUGUUGUCGGGAGCGGCAGGGGGAGGUUGCUGGCCCGGCUGCUGCUGGCCUGGCUGGCCGGUCUGCUGGUAGUAAUAGCCCAUCUGUCGGUAGUACUC